UGACGCACUCAUCGGCUGACGUCAUCUGAGAGGCGGCCGACAGGGGGAGUUGUCCACCGGUGCUCCGGCGAUGCUUUCUGGGAGUUGUAGUCUCGGAGACCCGGUUCCUGGGCUGGCGGCAUCAGGACUCCUGGUCCCAGCGUCCCCUGCAGGAGCUUGGGAGCACUUCCGCCCUGUUGUGAAGUGGGUGUCUCCGUGGUCUUGGGGAGCAGUCCUUCCCCAGGAGUCCCUGGAAGGACACAUUGCCAAUGCAGGAAGUCCCUGGAUGAGGACAGCCCCGCCAAAGUGAAGCCUGCAGGCCCGAUGAUGGCUGUGGCCUCGCCUCCACCAGAGCCUGGAGACCUCCUGAUUGUGGAACUAGAAGAGGACUCCUGGGGACCAGUCUCCAAACCCCAGAAGGAGGUCCACGGCCGUGUCCCUGGCCCAGAGGUUUCCCGCCGGUGUUUCAGGCAGUUCCAAUACCAGGACGCAGCUGGGCCCCAUGAGGCUUUCAGCCAGCUCUGGGUUCUCUGCUGUCGUUGGCUGAGGCCCGAGAUCCGCCUCAAAGAGCAGAUCCUGGAAUUGCUGGUUCUAGAGCAGUUCCUGUCCAUCUUACCCAGGGAGGUGCAGACCUGGGUGCAGGCACGACACCCCGAGAGCGGGGAGGAGGCUGUGGCCCUGGUGGAGGAUUGGCACCGAGAGGCCUGGGCUGCCGGACAGCAGGGACUGGAGCUGUGUGCUGAAGAGUCCGGGUCCUUCGAAGCAGUUCAAGAGUUUCAGAGCUUCGGGCGGCAGCCAGUGGCUCACUGCCCUGAGACACAGCCCCAGAAACAGUUGAAUAUGCAUCCCGACCUUUCCAAGAUGCCACCUCAGCCUGUGAAAGAGAAUGCUAUCCUCACACCCCAAGCCCCAACUGUUCCAGAGAUGGGGAGCACUGGAGAUUGGGAGGCGGCAGCCCAGUCCCAGGAAGCCCUGAGUCCCAGUAGACAAGCCAAGGAGGAGCCCUGCCAGGACCCCGCAGGAGAUGACUGUGGGAACGGUGCGUGCCUGGGAGUUCCAGUUUCUAAGCCAGGUGUCACGUCCCAGCACAAGCGAGGACCAGGGAUUUCGGGUCUGAGCCUUAUAAAUUCUGGGAAUGGGAACACGUCAGAUUCUAGCCUGGACAGUGAGCCAAACCAACCAGCCCAGACACCAGCUCAGGAGGACUCCAGGGCCCAGGAAGGACAAUGCCAAUGUGAUGGGGAGGAUGUGAAGGUGUCGGGUGUGCACUGGAGCUAUGAGGAGACCAAGACCUUCCUGGCAAUCUUAAGUGAGUCCCCAUUCUCUGAAAAGCUCCGGACCUGCCACCAGAACCGCCAGGUGUACGGGGCCAUCGCAGAGCGGCUGCGGGCACGGGGCUUCCUGCGGACGCUGGAGCAGUGUCGCUACAGGGUCAAAAACCUUCUACGGAAUUACCGGAAAGCCAAGAACAGCCACCCACCAGGAACCUGCCCCUUCUACGAGGAGCUGGAGGCUCUGGUGAGGGCUCGGACAGCCGUCAGAAGAAGCACAGGUGGGCCAGGAGAGGCUGUGGCAUCACUCCCCAGUGAUGCUGAGAUGGACGACCAAGAGGAAGCGAGCUGGGAGCCCAGGGAGGCACCAGAAGACUGCGGGGGUUCUGGCCUGGCCACCGCGGAGUCUAGUCGGGGUCCCGGGAUUGCAGGCGGCCCAGCUCUGCUCCAGAACCGCAUUGCAGGUGUGCACUGGGGCUUUGAGGAGACCAAGACCUUCCUGGCAAUUCUCAGUGAGUCCCCAUUCUCUGAAAAGCUCCGGACCUGCCACCAGAACCGCCAGGUGUACCGGGCCAUCGCAGAGCGGCUGCGGGCACGGGGCUUCCUGCGGACGCUGGAGCAGUGUCGCUACAGAUUCAAAAACCUUCUUCGAAGCUACCGGAAAGCCAAGAGCAGCCAUUCCCCGGGAAUCUGUCCCUUCUAUGAGGAGCUGGACUCACUGAUGAGGGCUCGGACCGUGAUCAGGGCCAUGGAGAUGGUAGGAGAAGCCAGAGGUCUUCCCGCGUCUGGGCAGAGCAGUGCUGAGGCUGAUGACCAGGAGGUCUGGGGUGAGAUGGAAGAUGAAGAUACCAUUAAACUUCUGACUCCAGAUCCCCAAACUCCAGAUACAGGUUUUGAGUUGAAGCAUGAGGAUGAAGACCAGAUAUCAGAGCAGGAUGUUUUUGGGGAUUUGCCUAGAGCAUUAUCAAACUAUACCACAGACGCUGUUUGUCGGUCUCAUGACUGGGGGGAGGAGAAUGAGAUGGAAGAGGAAGGGGCGUGGAGGAGUGCCCUCCCGUGGGAAGAGUGCUCCUCUGAGGAGGACUUAGAGAAACUCAUUGACCAUCAAGGCCUGUACCUCACAAAGAAACCCUACAAAUGUGACACAUAUGUGAGGAGCUUCAGUAGGAACUUCCACUUCGAGGCCCACCAACAAAUCCACCCAGGGGAGAAGCCCUAUACAUGUGGGAAGUGUUGGAAAAGCUUCAAGCAGAGCUCAAACCUACUGAAACAUCAGAGGGUCCACUUGGGAGGAACUCCUGGCCAGUGUAAUGAGCCUGGGGAGAACUUUGGCCAAAGUCCAUCUUUUAGUGCUUGCUGGAGAAAUUCUACGUGGGAGAUAUCUACACAACCUCAGAAUGUAACCAUGAGCACGGACUCCCCCGGACCCCGUCACUCUAGCUCAGGGGAGAAGCUGUAUCCGUGUCUUGAAUGUGGAAGGUGUUUCUCUAAGAGCUCUGCCCUCAUCAGUCACCAAAGAAUCCACACAGGUGAGAAGCCAUACGAAUGUGCCCAGUGUGGGAAGAGCUUCAGCAAGGGCUCCACCCUGGCCAACCACCAGCGGACGCACACCGGCGAGAAGCCGUAUAAGUGUGCAGACUGUGGAAAGGGCUUCAGUGAGCGCUCCAAGCUCACCACCCACCAGAGGAUCCACACGGGAGAGAAGCCCUACAGAUGCCUGGAGUGUGGCAAGUUCUUCCGGGACCGCUCCAACCUCAUCACUCACCAGAGAAUCCACACGGGAGAGAAGCCGUACAAGUGUAGAGAGUGUGGCAAGUGCUUUAACCAGAGCUCCAGUCUUAUCAUCCACCAGAGAAUCCACACCGGGGAGAAGCCGUACAAGUGCACGGAGUGUGGCAAAGACUUCAACAACAGCUCCCACUUCAGUGCCCACCGCAAAACCCACGCGGGAAGGAAAGCCUUGUAGGCAGCGCCUCCUCCCAACAGAAGAGCAAUAAUGUGUAUUUAUAUCUCAUUAUCGUUUCUAAAACAUGCUAGAAAGAAACCUUCCAACGUCUAAGCUUGGUGUAUACUUAGAGAUGGUAUCUUGUAAAUUCGGGUAAUUUGGAUGUGAAUUAUACCUGCAAGGAUUAAGAUUUGGA